CGAUAGGCAGAGUAAGCUAAGAGUACCGAUAACGCGCCGCUUGCAACCCUGUCGUGUGGAGGCGGCGUUUUCGUUGUUGUGUCAAAACAAUAAGCGACCAGCAGAAUAUCAGCACACCCAUCGGCCAGGCGAAGAUAAAGAACGGUUAGCAGAGAUUAGAGACCCACCACCACCCACAGAGCCGAUCCCACAAAGAGAUCACCAUCCACCCCCCGGAGAACAGCGGCAGCGGCAAUGAAAAUCACAGUGACCACCAGCGAUGACAAGGUCUUCUGCUUGGACGUGGCCCAGGAUCUGGAGCUGGAGAAUCUCAAGGCCCUCUGCGCGAUGGAGAUCGGUGCCGAGGUGGCCCACAUAGUGCUCAUCUUCAACGGACGCGAGCUCUCCAGCGACAAACAGACGCUGCAGCAGUGCGGCGUCGGUGAUGGCGACUUCAUCAUGCUGGAACGACGCAGGAGCGCCAAUCGGUCAGGUGGUGCGAACCCGGCGAUCAGCACGCUGGACUUCAGCAGCAUCGCAGUGCCGGGCACGAGUUCGGGCGGCAGUCCGCCCUCGAGGAGCGCCCAGCAGCAGCUGGGAGCGCAGCUGCAGCAGCAGCAGCAGUUCAACAACCUCACAGACAUCCCCAUGACCGACGAGUUCAACGUGAACUUCGACGACGACCCGGCGACAGUGCGUCAGAUGUUCCUGUCCAGUCCCGAGACGCUGUCGCUGCUCCGGCAGUACAAUCCCCGUCUGGCGGAGGCCAUCGAUUCCGGCGACCAGGAGACCUUCGCCCGCCUGCUCCGCGAGCACAUUUCGGAGCGAAAGCGACGCAACGAGCACCGCAUGCGCAUGCUGAACGCCGAUCCCUUCGACGAGGAGACGCAACGGCUGAUUGCCGAGGAGAUCAAGCAGAAGAACAUCCAGGACAACAUGGCGGCGGCCAUUGAGUACAAUCCGGAGAUCUUCGGCACGGUGACCAUGCUCUACAUCAACUGCAAGGUGAAUGGCUAUCCGGUGAAGGCCUUCGUGGACUCGGGCGCCCAGACGACGAUCAUGAGCAAGGACUGCGCCGAGCGGUGCCACGUCAACCGGCUGAUAGACACGCGCUGGAACGGAGUGGCCAAGGGCGUGGGCACACAGCCCAUUCUGGGCAGGAUUCACAUGGUGCAGCUGCAGAUCGAGAACGAUCAUCUAACGUCCAGCUUCACGGUGCUGGGCCAGCAGCCGAUGGACAUGUUGCUCGGCCUGGACAUGUUGAAGCGACAUCAGUGCCUCAUUGACUUGCAGCGGAAUCUGCUGAUUAUCGGCACCACCGGCACAACGACGCCGUUUCUGCCGGAGAGCGAGCUGCCGGUCAGCGCCCGGCUCACAGGGAACUCGGAGGAAUCGAUGGAGCAGGAGGCCAUUGCCAAUGCCAUCGAGCAGAGCAAGAGGGAAAGUGGCGGCGGCUUAAGUGGAGCUGGCGGCGGACCCAAUACCAUUCAGCCGCUGGACCGAUUCACCGAGCAGGACGUCACCGAUCUCAUGGCCCUCGGCUAUCCGCGCAGCGAUGUGCUCACCGUGCUGCGGCUGUGCGGCGGCAACAAGCAGGCCGCCAGCUCCGUGCUGCUCAACCGCAAUGCAGCCGCCUCGGGCGCAGAGCUCAGCUGAACGCGGCUAGACGAGGAUCCCUAGUACUCGAGCAGAACUCCCCACAGCCAGAAACCGGAUUGCAAUAGGAUGAUGAUGACGAAAUACUCCGAGCAAUACCAAAAACUUAGCCACGCCACAUCUAAAGUCAAGUAAAUGAUCAGUUAGAGGGUAAAACACACACACAGAACA